AUGGUCAAAGCAUUGAAGUACCGGAACAUCUUGACCAAGACUUUGAGGAACCAAUCGCACCAUUGUCACGAGUGCAAGGGUACGAUAAAGGAGUCCUGCUUGAACGUUCAUGUCAGCUAUUGCACAGCCGAUGGUUGUGGCGAAAUCUAUAAUGGUAAACCGGGCUGCUUCGUCCACAAGUAUGUGGAUGGCUACAACGCGGAUUUCUUCGAGAAGUUCACUGGGAAGAAGCCAAAUACCGCGAAAAUCACUACGGGCUUUGGCAUGCGCCAAGAACCCGAACCGGAGCAAGCUCCUGUAGAAGACGAGAAUUGGAAUCAGGCGUCCAAGCCUAAGCGGAAGGUGUAUCGACGUAAGCCCCGUAAAGAUGGAAACGAAGAUGGGGAAGACCAGAAGGGCGAAGAAGCUGGAAAGAACGGCCAAAAUGGUCUCAAGCAAGCAGGCGGCAAGAAGGGCGGCAACUAG